AUGGAUAAGAGUGAGAUCGUUAAUUCGCCAGUGAAGCCAAACAUUACUAAAUUGAAGGAACUUGGCCGACAUAUUCGUUCACACUUGCAGCUUAGCCUCUUCGGUGUCGAUGUCAUCAUUGAGUGUGGGACCAAUCGAUACGCUAUUAUUGACAUCAACCUUUUCCCAGGAUACAAAGAAAUAAAUGGUUUCUUUGACUCUUUCGAGCGCUAUAUUCUGCAACUACUGGACAGCAAAAAAGCGGAUAGAAAUGCCGAUAACAAACGCAGUCAGUGUCCAGUCGACUCUCUAACGAUUUCAAACAACUGCAAAAAGCUGAAAGUUCAGGACAGCUCAUCCGAUGAUGCCGAAAAGGAAGACAUUGAGACGUUUGCUGCCCCUCUCUCUUUCACUCUUUCAUCUCUCUCUCCUGCUUUCUUGUCUCUCUUGCUUUCUCUCUUUCUUCUCUCUAUUGCUUUCCCUCUUGCUUGUCUUUCUUCUCUCUCUCUUCUUUCUCUUGCUUUUUCUCUUUCUUGUCUCUCUCGUUUUCCCACUUUCUUGCCUUUCUCUCUUUCUCUUUUCCUGCUAUUUCUCUUUUUCUCAUCUCUCUCAUCAUAA